UACAUCGUCGCGGUACACGGACCUUCGCGCUCGGGCAAGAGCACGUUGAUUAAGUCGCUCGUGCGCUAUUACUCAAAGCGCUCUCUGUCGAAGAUCGGCGGGCCGAUCACACUUAUCGCUUCAAGAAAGCGCCGCCUCACGUUUAUCGAGUGCGGCUGCGACACGGCUUCCAUGUUAGACGCCGGCAAAAUCGCAGAUUUGGCGAUCUGCAUCAUAGACAUUAGAAAAGGUAUUGAGAAAGACACUUUCGAGUUUAUAAACGUUCUCAAAACUCACGGAAUGCCGCGCGUUAUUGGAGUGCUGACUUUCAUCGACGAGUUUGCCGACAACAAGCGAUUGAAGAAAACCAAGAAACAGAUUCGGCGGCGAUUUUGGGGUGACCUGUACGAAGGCGCUUUGCUGUUCAUGAUGAACGGCAUAAAAUCACGACUCUACCUAAGGAGACAGGUGAUUACCUUGCAUCGCUUUAUUAGCAACAAAGAGUUCCACCCUACUGAGUGGCGCUCGCGACACCCGUACUUGCUAGCGCUCACAUCAACUCUCAACCAUAAGUCCGAAACCGAGGCUUCGGUCACGUUCACAGGCUAUCUGCGCGGCUACCACUUGCUGCAAAACCAGAUCUUUUGCAUCCCGGGCUGCGGCGUCUUUCCCUGUUCAGCGGUCGCGUCCAAGCAUGAUCCAUGCGAGCUGGACGCAACGGCCGCGAAAAGCAAGAGCAACGCCAUUAGCAAACUGGGCGUUGCAGCAUGCAAGAUUUUCGCGCCCGGAUCUGGUUUGAGCGGAAUCGAAUUACUCGAGGAGGGAAUUUAUCUAAACCGCGAAGCUGCGCAGCAGAAUCCGGCUGCCAAGACGGCGCCCGCAUACAGCGACAGCAGCGAGGACGAUAGCGACAAAGGCGCUGUUACCAGAGCUAAUGAACAGCUCGAAACCGGGCGCAACGGCAUAGUCGUAUUGGGCGGCGUGCUGCCGAACGAACUGCUACUCACCAACUUGCUUUGCAAAGUGAAGAAGCACCGCUGGGCGCCGCGCGUGCUGAAAUCUACUGAGCCGCUGUUGUUCUCGAUUGGAUGGGCGCGUUUCCAGUCACUGCCGUACUUCGCCAUCGAGGACCGGAACUCCGUGCGACUGCGCUACUUGAAGUACACGCCAGAGAACAUGCACGCGCUAAUGUGCAUUUCUGGCUACGCAGUGGCGCCGCAGACAGGCGUAUUAGCAAUGAAGUACUUCGACUGUGCGUAUGAGGACUGGCGCAUCAGCUUGACCGGUUCAGUCGUCGAGCUGCGCGAAGAGCCGCGGAUCGUCAAGAAGCUGAAGUUAGUGGGCGACGUGGAAUCGAUCAUGAUCAACACGGCGUACAUCAAGAACAUGUUCAACUCGCGCUUCGAGGUCUCGCGCUGCGUCGGCGCCAAGAUUCAGACCGUGUCCGGCAUUCGCGGUGUGAUCAAAGCGCCGAGCAACGACAGCGGCAGCUUCCGUGCGACGUUCGAGGCGAAGAUUCAGCCGAACGACGUAGUGUUCUGCAAAGCGUGGGUGAAGGUGCCGGUC